CUUCCCACUACCUUUGGGAUUUAGUUCGUGAAGCAAGAUCGCCCUCUCAGUGAAAGGCAGAUGUCCCUUUAAGGUUUGCUUUGCUGCUGCCCGUGGACUUUAGCCUAAACAGGGUCCCGCGAAGUUGGCUUUAUUUGUCCAUGUCUCGGACACAGCCUGGGUAGCUGCCAGUGAGAUUUCAGGGACGGAGCGCGCAAAGGGGGGGGAAAUGUGGCAAUCCAUCUGGGAUGUGAGACGCGUGGAGAGGGCUUAGCAGCAUUUGACCAAAACACAGGAAAUCACUCCUUCACAGCUCCUGGGCGCAGCAGCGGCUGGGGCCACUGCCGGACACCCUCGGAGACCACACGAGUGACCCAGAGCGCAAGUCGCCAGCGUCCCGGUUCUGCCUGUUCCUGCCAGCUCCUGCCCACGAACCGGCACGUAGCUGGUUCCAGCAGCCGCUCCAGCAAUGGUCCCCAGGCGUCCUGCCAGCCUAGAGGUCACUGUAGCCUGCAUAUGGCUUCUCACGGUCAUCCUAGGCUUCUGCGUCUCCUUCAAUGUUGAUGUGAAAAACUCAAUGAGUUUCAGUGGCCCAGUAGAGGACAUGUUUGGAUACACUGUUCAACAAUAUGAAAACGAAGAAGGCAAAUGGGUUCUUAUUGGUUCUCCUUUAGUUGGCCAACCCAAAGCAAGAACUGGAGAUGUCUAUAAGUGUCCGGUUGGGAGAGAGAGAGCAAUGCCUUGCGUGAAGUUGGACUUGCCAGUUAACACAUCGAUCCCCAAUGUCACAGAAAUAAAGGAAAACAUGACAUUUGGAUCAACUUUAGUCACCAACCCGAAUGGAGGAUUUCUGGCAUGUGGGCCCUUGUAUGCCUAUAGAUGUGGACAUUUGCAUUAUACAACUGGAAUAUGUUCUGAUGUCAGUCCUACAUUUCAAGUUGUGAACUCCUUUGCCCCUGUACAAGAAUGCAGCACCCAGCUGGACAUAGUCAUCGUCCUGGAUGGCUCCAACAGCAUCUACCCCUGGGAAAGUGUCAUCGCCUUUUUAAACGACCUUCUUAAGAGGAUGGAUAUUGGCCCUAAGCAGACACAGGUCGGGAUUGUACAGUAUGGAGAGAAUGUAACCCAUGAGUUCAACCUCAAUAAGUAUUCAUCCACAGAAGAGGUCCUUGUCGCAGCAAACAAAAUAGGCCGACAGGGAGGCCUCCAAACGAUGACAGCCCUUGGAAUAGACACAGCCAGGAAAGAGGCAUUCACUGAAGCUCGGGGUGCCAGGAGGGGAGUUAAAAAAGUCAUGGUUAUUGUGACCGACGGAGAAUCGCAUGACAACUAUCGCCUGAAACAGGUCAUCCAAGACUGCGAGGACGAAAACAUUCAGCGAUUUUCCAUAGCUAUCCUUGGCCACUAUAACAGGGGGAACUUAAGCACUGAAAAAUUUGUGGAGGAAAUAAAAUCGAUCGCAAGCGAGCCCACGGAAAAGCACUUCUUCAAUGUCUCGGAUGAGUUGGCCCUGGUCACUAUUGUUAAAGCUCUUGGAGAAAGGAUAUUCGCUUUGGAAGCGACAGCUGACCAGUCAGCAGCUUCAUUUGAGAUGGAAAUGUCUCAGACUGGCUUCAGUGCUCACUACUCCCAGGACUGGGUCAUGCUUGGAGCGGUGGGAGCCUAUGACUGGAACGGAACUGUGGUCAUGCAGAAGGCUAACCAGAUGGUCAUCCCUCAUAACACCACCUUUCAAACUGAGCCCGCCAAGAUGAACGAGCCUCUGGCUUCUUAUUUAGGUUACACAGUGAACUCGGCCACCAUCCCUGGAGAUGUGCUCUACAUCGCUGGGCAGCCUCGGUACAAUCAUACGGGCCAGGUCGUCAUCUACAAGAUGGAGGAUGGGAACAUCAACAUUCUGCAGACACUCGGCGGAGAGCAGAUUGGUUCCUACUUUGGUAGUGUCUUAACAACAAUUGACAUCGACAAAGAUUCUUAUACUGAUCUGCUUCUCGUCGGGGCCCCCAUGUACAUGGGGACAGAGAAAGAGGAACAGGGCAAGGUGUACGUGUACGCUGUGAAUCAGACAAGGUUUGAAUAUCAAAUGAGCCUGGAACCAAUUAGGCAGACCUGCUGCUCAUCCCUGAAGGAUAAUUCAUGCACGAAAGAAAACAAGAAUGAGCCCUGCGGGGCCCGCUUCGGAACAGCAAUUGCUGCUGUAAAAGACCUCAACGUGGAUGGAUUUAAUGACGUCGUGAUUGGAGCUCCGCUGGAAGAUGACCACGCAGGAGCUGUGUACAUUUAUCAUGGCAGUGGCAAGACCAUAAGGGAGGCGUAUGCACAACGCAUUCCAUCAGGUGGGGAUGGCAAGACCCUGAAAUUUUUCGGCCAGUCUAUCCACGGAGAGAUGGAUUUAAAUGGUGACGGUCUGACUGACGUGACCAUUGGAGGCCUUGGUGGAGCAGCCCUCUUCUGGGCCAGAGAUGUGGCUGUAGUUAAAGUGACCAUGAAUUUUGAACCCAAUAAAGUGAAUAUUCAAAAGAAAAACUGCCGUGUGGAGGGCAAAGAAACAGUGUGCAUAAAUGCUACAAUGUGUUUUCAUGUGAAAUUAAAGUCUAAAGAGGACUCAAUUUACGAGGCUGAUCUGCAGUACCGUGUCACCCUUGAUUCACUGAGGCAGAUAUCACGGAGCUUUUUUUCUGGAACUCAGGAAAGGAAGAUUCAAAGAAAUAUCACCGUUCGAGAAUCAGAAUGCAUCAGGCACUCCUUCUACAUGUUGGACAAACAUGACUUUCAGGACUCUGUGAGAGUGACUCUGGAUUUUAAUCUCACUGAUCCAGAAAAUGGUCCUGUACUUGAUGACGCUCUGCCAAACUCAGUCCACGAACACGAGAUCCAAAAAGAUAGCUGUGAAUCUAAUCAAAAUAUCACUUGCAGAGUUGGAUAUCCUUUCCUAAGAGCAGGAGAAACGGUUACCUUCAAAAUAAUAUUCCAGUUUAACACAUCCCAUCUCUCGGAAAAUGCAAUCAUUCACUUAAGUGCAACAAGUGACAGUGAGGAGCCCCUGGAAUCUCUUAAUGAUAAUGAAGUAAAUAUUUCCAUCCCAGUAAAAUAUGAAGUUGGACUGCAGUUUUACAGUUCUGCGAGUGAACAUCACAUUUCAGUCGCUGCCAAUGAGACGAUCCCUGAGUUUAUUAACUCCACUGAGGACAUUGGGAAUGAAAUUAAUGUCUUCUAUACGAUUAGAAAGAGGGGGCAUUUCCCAAUGCCAGAACUUCAGCUGUCAAUUUCAUUCCCCAAUUUGACGGCAGAUGGUUAUCCUGUACUGUACCCAAUUGGAUGGUCAUCUUCAGAUAAUGUGAACUGUAGACCCCGGAGCCUUGAGGACCCCUUUGGCAUCAACUCUGGGAAGAAAAUGACAAUAUCGAAGUCUGAGGUUCUCAAAAGAGGCACAAUCCAGGACUGCAGUAGUACGUGUGGAGUUGCCACCAUCACGUGUAGCCUCCUUCCUUCCGACCUGAGUCAAGUGAAUGUCUCGCUCCUCCUGUGGAAACCGACUUUCAUAAGAGCACAUUUUUCCAGCUUAAACCUUACUCUAAGAGGAGAACUUAAGAGUGAAAAUUCAUCGCUGACUUUAAGUAGCAGCAACCGGAAGCGAGAGCUGGCUAUUCAGAUAUCCAAAGACGGGCUCCCAGGCAGAGUGCCGCUGUGGGUUAUCCUCCUGAGCGCCUUCGCGGGGCUACUGCUGCUAAUGCUCCUUAUAUUGGCUCUGUGGAAGAUUGGAUUCUUCAAAAGGCCACUGAAGAAGAAAAUGGAGAAAUGAAAGGUUUCAUAGAAAGAAAAAAAAAACAAUGACAACUAUUCGACAAUCUAACCUCAGGUUUGCCUCAAUCUUGUGAGAAGAAAUACAGAAAUAUGGCCAAAGACAUGGUCACAUAACUCUUUGUAAUCCAUGAUCCAUCUGGGAUUGCUCACUUGGAAAGAGACAGAUCAAGUGUGACCCGAAAAGGCUACCCAAAGAUACAGUGUAGAAAGCAAUGGGAAAUCUUUUCAAUAAUUACUCAUUUUUGCUGAGUAAGUGAAAUGACAAAAUGUUUUAAAGAAGAAUUGUCAGUAUAAGUAUGUUUAUGUGUUUACAUGCCACGCAGAGUAUCUUAAGAGAUGCACGGGAAGAGCUUCGUGUUCAGUGAAGCAGUUACUCUCAGCCCAAUAUAGAUAAAGCGUUUCCCCCGGUUACACCUUCAGAGUGGACACUCGGCAUUGGUAAAUGCCAACAAAGGAAUGGGGAGAAAAAGCUCUCCCCAUUCAAAUGAGAAAAACUUGGCUCAGCAGAGCCCGUGUACAUUAUGGACUAAAAACAGAAUUAAAUCACGGGUGACACUCAGCGACUUGGGUUCUGUAGUUGGAAAGAAUAUUUUCCAGUGUGAUUGGAAAAUUGUUCAAUUGAGCUUAAAUUCUGUGUAGAAGAGUCAGAAUGGAGUUGUUAUUUAAAAAGGACUGCACUGAAUCUAUUAAUUUAAACUUUUACAGAAAGUAAAACUGCUUAAUUUAUAUUGAGCUGGGAAACACACAACUCUUUUAUAAUAUAUAAAUAUAUAUAUAAAGUUGAAGCAGUUUGUGUGGUGUAACAGCAAGAAGUUGUAAAAAGCCACACCAUGAGUGUGAGGCCCAGAGAGUGUCCUAAUGAAACACGAGCACGAGUAGACGACCCAGUAAAGCUGAUGUCACCUCUGCUGAGUAGUUAUUUAAUGCUCGUGUUUCCAGGAUGUUUCCAUAAGUAGGGGGCUUCUCAACUCUUUGGUAUAGGGGUCAUGUAAAACCCUCAAAUAUGAGUGUUUAUUUUUAAUUUUUUUUAAAUUUUCUAAUCACGUUUUAUGUUAUUAUUGAAAAAGCAAUCUCCCAGGCUAAUGUUAUAUUUUACCAAGAGCACACUGCUUUUGAAAAUGAUAUAUUUUCAAUAUUUAAAUAGAAAAUCAGGUAACUUAAAGAAUUUAUAUCUUGAAAACCUACACUAACAGAGGCAUACAACUCAUCCGUAUGUACUUCUGUGGUCCUGAAGUGAUCCCUAAGGCCCUUGGUCUCUGCUGUAACAUAGGCUUCCAGAUUGCCCCAUUUCCAAGGUAAAUAACAAUGAGUGAAUGUACGCUAUCAUCAUGUGUGAACUACUGCUGUAAAAUGUGCUGACCCUCCUGCCACCUCUCCACUUGAUUGCUCACUGUAAGACCUGCCAAUAUCCAGAAAGAACCAGGACUCCACUCUUCUCAAAGCUCAGCAAGCCAACAGAGAAAUUAAGUGCUAUAGGGUUGAUUUAAAAAAAAUAUUUCUGAGAGAUUGUCUUAGGGCGCAGACUGAGCCAACCACUUGGCUCUCCACCCCUACAUGUCAGAUCCUAAGUGCUAAGGGAUGGAUGGUCAUCCCUACAGUCAUCCCUGGCUGGAAGAAAGGUGGACAGGAAGCUCAAAGAAGGAUGUGUUCUCCAUUCUCACUGUCUCCCGCCAGCUUUGGAAGUCAUACUUUCCUCCUGCUCUUCUUUUCCCAACAGAACUCAGAUGUUUCUUGCUCUGUUACCAUGGUGCCCAACUCCAUCACGUACCCGCCCAGCAGCCCUACUCCUAGCUCCAUGCCUUUAGGAAUGACUCCAUUGGAUACAUGUAGAUUCACCUCUAAUGUAAGGGACUACAAGGCACUGAACUUUGCACACUGAGCUAUAAAUGGGCAUAUUUAAGCUAAAUACGUUGUUGAGCCAAAGUGGGGAAGCAGAAAAGAAGACAUUUUGAACUUUUAAGAAAGGAGAGGAAGAGUUGCUUGCCCAGAUAAAAAGAUGUUAAAGCCAUGUUUUAGGAUAAACCAUUCCUAGUUAGUAGUAAAUGAGGAACCAGACCUCUCGUUUCUCUAGUAUCAUAAUUGAGUCUGCGUGUAUGUGUAUGGAAUUGAAUGCACACACAUAAACAUACCAUUUAAAUACAGAGCAACUGAGGAGUACCAAAAGGUGGAAUUUAUAAAAAAGAAAGAAAGAAAGCACACCAAAGCUUCCCCAGGGAGGAACGUUUAUCUCCUUUGCUUUCCAUACAGUACUCACUUCUAUUAAUAUUUAAGUUUAGUUGUUAUUCCAUAAACUAAAAAAUACAAACACAGAGGCUUUGAUCUUAAGAAUGAUAGCAGACGCCCCAGAUUAACUUUAUGGGAAUCUUCUAGAACAUAAAAACAAUUAAGAAAAGUAUUAAACUCUACAAUCUUAUUUCAAGACAAUAAGAAAAUUGGCUGAUACUUUAGACUGUAUGAGCUCAUGAAAAAAUUGCCAAAUUUUUCUAACUUUUUUUAAAGCACUGUUAUUUCCACUAUGAACUGAACCAGGCAUGCAUUUUCUUUUCUUACGACCCAAACAAAUGGAACACAGAUAAAUUACUCAACAACUUGGAAAAAAAAUACCCCCAUAUCUAACUUUUGUAGCUUCAUUAUUCUCUGCAUAGCUGCUUUCAGAAAACUAACAUGACCCUAUUCGGCUUGCAGAAUUCCUAGCAGCAUGUGUCAAACCUCACUAAUUAGUUUGAGAUACUAUAGCAUACCCCUGACAUAAACUACAUUCUACAUACUAGAAUAAUUGAUGGAUAGACGUGCAGGCGAAUGGUCAGAGUCUGUAAACAGGCGAGAACAUGCUAUAACCAGACUCCGAGUUACGCUGAAUGCCGGCUAAGUCGAUCCCAGAAGUCAGAAUGCCGAAGAUGAGUCCAUUUUAGCUGUAAUUUAUAAGACUGAUCGUUCUUUAAUAUGAAUAAAGUAAUAUGAGCUUGAAGGAGGAAGGGAUUGAAAGAAUGAAAGAGGUUUGCGUUCCUUGAGAGCCAGAGCUACUCAGGAGGCACAAGACACAAACGAACCAACAAAAAAUGUCCUACUUCCCCACCGAACUCCAAGGCCUGACAGACAGCGCGAGGAAAGGCCUUCUUUGACAAAUAUUUCUAACAUCUGUGGUCCGAUUUAAACGUCAAUGAUGAAAUUAGUUAAAUUAGUUCUAGCUUUCUAUUUUUUGUUUUCCCUUUUUCUUUUGUAACUUAACAGCCUUUAUUGCCCCCAGGAUAACAAUCGACCAACUUCACAGUCUCCUUUAGGAUGCAGGGCCAAAAAUGGUGUUCAACUGCAGGCCAGGUCACAAGUGCCCUUCUACACUCGUAGGACGGGAAAGUGCCCUGACUGGGCAGGACAGUGGCAAAAUUCCUCUGACUGAGCAAGAAUUGGGUCCCUUUUGAUAUGAUGGCAAAAUGAUGAUCUAUGCACUGUGGGAGAAAAUUGGGGAAGUAGAAGGGAAUAAACCCAAAUACCAGAGGGACAGGCUGGGCUCCCAGGCACUAAGAUUAUGGGCAACUUAGACCCUAAAUAUUUUCUUUGUCAUAAAUACACUUGAAAAGAGCUUGUAGAAAGAAAUUCUUAUAAAUUUGAUGCUUAGGUAGACAGAAUAAUUUUAUCUAUAGAUAUACAUAUAUGGUGUGCAUAUAUUUUCAUAGGCAAUUAUUUCUUUCUUUAGUAAACCAAAGUCUGGGCUCAAUUUUGGAAAGCAGAAAUAUCUGUACCCGAAGGAAAAAACAUAGCAUAGUUUGUCAUGGAGUAGGGCUGCUUUGCACUAGAGGCUGUGUGGAAAACACUGAGUUUACUCAGAGCUCCACAGUUAGCACAUUGAAUGACAGCCAUUGGUUGCCAUGGAAUGUGUUUUUCCAUAGCAACUUCUUUGUUAAACAUACCAUCAAUUUCAUAUGAAAUCCCUAUCCUGUUCUGCACAAUGCUAAGCAAACUGGAGAAGACCCAGACCCAGAACCCGUUCAUGUCCCAGGCCCACAGCUGGUUCUGUGUACCAGGAAUAUGUUAUCAUCCCAAUAAAGUGGCUUCCGGCAAAUAAGAUGUUCAAAAUGGCAUUUUGGGCACUCCUCAUUUAUUCUCCAGACCUCCCAGGCACCCUUCUCCCUAUCGCUCUUCUCAAAUAAAGGUUUCAGGAAGACUACAUUGGUAUCCAUCAGUAAGACAUGUACUCCUUUGCUGUGAAUGCCAACUUCACUGAACAGAUCACUCAUUCGGGUUUCCCAACCCAGUUUCCCAUUAAUGACACUCCAAAGGGUUGGCCGUGGCAUCGUGCAGUAUAAUGUUCUUCUGAGAUGUAAUAUCCUUCCUUAAGAGGUUUACAACCACUUGGACCACUGUGCUCCAUUAUUCUAUAAAAGAAACAGGGAGGAUUUAGGACUUCAGUUACUGUUCUUAAGUAUUUUACAAUCCCUAUCCUCACCCAGGGGUAAGCUCUAAAAACUGAAGGAAGGGCAUUUUCCUCAAGCUGAUGCUGCUUUCAAAUUGUGACAUACAAAUUAAUUACACAUAGAGGACUUUAAACGCAGACACAAAUUCAAAAUGAGUGCCCUGGGCUUCAACUUCCAGUGAUCCCCACAGCUCCGACUACCCAGAAUCCAGAAUCCACCACUGCCCAUUAACUCUGUACUGAAAGGAAAACUGGAGCCCAUUGCAAAAGGCCACAUGCAAGGCUGGGUGUAACCCAGUGACUGAGCACCCAGCAAGCUCGUGCAAGGUCCCAGGUUUCAGCUCAAGCACCUCAUAAGGCCUCAGAGUCUGACCAUGCCACCAUGUCUCAAACGGAAAUACUCUGGUACAACACUCCUAAAAAGUACAUAAAUUCUCUUUGAAAUCUUAGGAGAAAAAGCAAUGGCAUUAAGCUACAGCCUUGCAUCUAGUUUGCCAACGGGCAUCUUUCAUCCUCAAAUUCAAACCGUACCUUGAAUGUAGAAGUUCAGAGUAAGAAAUUUAACCACAAACCCUGAGGAGACUACAGAGUAGCUUGUGGAGUCAGGCAAGUCCCAGCCCUAGGGCCCUAACACAGCUGGCCUGGGUAGUACAGGACCCGUAACCUACAGAAAUAGUUCAACUAACAUGACAAAGACCUGAGCUCAAGUUCAGAGCCUACACGGUCCACACAGCCAAGGCUCAGUUCCCCUGCUCAGUCACACUUAAGCAUUUCUUGGUGAAAUUUCACUGCACUGAAGAUGUGGGAGGCUGAGGCUCACCUAUCAAUGUUGGUUUUGAGAGCAGCUCUGUCUGUUUGCAUUGUUGUUUGCAUCCUGCAACCCCACCCCCCCACCCCCACUCCAUGUAGUAAGUUGGAGACUGGAGACAAGACCUUGCUUUCCUGGGUGCACAGCCUGCAGGAUUUGGAUGGCAGAAGAUGACAGGAGUCUGUUUGCAGCCCUUCUCGACAUUCCUAUUAGUCUUUUCUCUUCUUCCUGGGCUAGGAGAUGCUUGGAUCUGGGGCUUCCUCAGCAGGGUUGUCCCAUGCCAUAUGUCCUUUGUGGGGGUUAGGCUAAUGUUGUGUUAUGGUUUGUGACCAACGACUCAGAAAUCCCUUACUUAUCCCAGCAUGGGAAUCAUGGCUGUAAAGCAGGGGCCAAGGACACUCAGUACUGUAACUCCCUUUUGGCACUUGUGUUUUAAGGUACAUACUUAAAGAAAGAGUGUGGAGUUAAGAGGCUCCUUUACCACAGUUUGAGGCUGCAUAUCUGGUCUUUCAUUUGUUUGAUCUAUGCAUAUAAACUGAGAACAAAAAUCUUAAAAGAAAUCUUCCAAAGGCAUCAGAAUGAAAAACCCACUGUGUUCACGAAUAACCCCUAGCAAUACUAUCUGUCCCCGUACCUAUAUUCUAAGAGACAGAGAGAGAGAGAGAGAGAGAGAGAGAGACAGACAGACAGACAGAAAGAGAAAGAGAGACAGAGACAGAGACAGAGACACAGACAGACACAGACAGAGACACAGACACAGAGAAUAAGAGAGAGACAGAGACAAGGGGGGGGGAGGAGAAAGAGAGAGGAGAGAGGAGAAGCAAAUAUUGUUCUUCUUUUCCUCCUUACACAACCACAGUGAGAGAAGCCACUGCAUGUAGAUUCAAUGUAACGUGAUAACUUAAAUUUUUAUAAAUACAAAAGAAAUGGGGUUAGACAAGGACACGAAACUACCCAUCUGAUUUCUAAUAGCCUAAUCCAUGAAGAUGGCCAAACCUUCCUGAGACGACAUGUGUCCCACCCACAGCACUCCACAUGUACUUGUCACUGUGAGAGCAAAAGCAUACUCUUACUUAUAAAUUACCCCAGGCUAAGUGUCUGGGCUUAACACACCUCAGCCUUAUAUGAAAACCAUUGUCUGAAACAACAGUUUGGAGUUUCUGCAUCCUGGAGCUGUUCCACCAAGGAGAUCCGGGUAGUUAGCCUUUCGAUCUGAGAAACCUGCUGCUGCCCUCACUCAGGAAGCAGCAGGACUUGGCUGCAGAAUUAGGAAACACUGAUAUGUAGGAAUGGUCUGCUGUGUGCUACUACUGUGAAACUGUACUGAUUAUUACUAUGCAGUGUGCACUAUGGAUCCAUGUUAUUAAAAAGAAGUAUAUUGCAUUUAGUAACCACUGCCCUGGAGCAUCCAUGCAGCUUCCAGCACACACUUCUGCAUCACCAAAAUGAAGGCAUCACACUGCUCAUUCUGCUAACUUACCUCAGACUCAUCCGAGGGACGACAGAAGGGAAAGUGCGCAGACUUAGUUGAAAACGAUUAGGCAAAAGCGCUUUGUUGACAUUCAAGAGCAAAGAAGCACAACCUCUCCCAUAGAAAUUCCUAGGAUUGGCUGCAAAGUGACAGUCGUUUAAGAUGUAUAAUUAGAAUCAGCUGAGUGUGUGAAAGGGUUUUGGGGGUUUGUUUUUUUUAAUGCACUGUGUACGCCAUAUCCUGCACAAUGUUCCGAGGUCAAAGGUUUGAUAUUUUUGUAUAAUUCCAUCUUAUCUUGUACAUCCAUCCGCCGUGUGAUUUACGUCAAGGUAAAUGAGCAUCCUGUUUUAUGUCUUAAAUAAAAAUUAAUGACUCAAAGAAAAAAA